UGCGGAGGCCUCAUUUUGUGUCUUCUAUACAAAGGAAUAUUGUUUGCAAUUUAUUGACUCGCUUUGAUAUUAUUUGGAACACCAUCUUUCUUUUCGCGGAUCAAUGCACGGGCUUCAGUUGAUGGAAUAAUGCUCUCGCCGAAUAGAAGGAAAUCUAUUGUCACAUCUAUUGUGUUCGUUCUUUUGGAGUGUUGUUGGGACGUCGUGUCAGGGGAGCUCUCAUAUUCUGUAUCUGAGGAGGUGAAUCCGGGAACGACAGUGGGAAAUAUCGCUAAGGAUCUAAACCUAAAUGUUCAGGAACUGGAGUCGCGCAUGUUUCAGAUUGUCACGGGAUCCAAGAAAAAAUAUUUCGAGGUAAAUCUAAAAACUGGAUUUCUGUAUGUGAAUGAGAGAAUAGACAGAGAGGAGCUUUGUGCCAAAGCGCCAAAAUGUUCUCUCAGUGUAGAAGCUGUUAUCAACAAUCCUUUAAAGCUUUAUCAAGUAGAGAUUUAUAUUUUGGAUGUUAAUGAUAAUUCUCCGUCUUUCAGCGAGAAAUCACAAACUCUAGAUAUUGCGGAGAACACCCUGCCUGGGACUAGAUUUCCUCUGCAUCACGCUACAGACGCAGAUGUUGGGAAAAAUUCGAUAAAUACUUAUAAACUUAGCCCGAAUGAAUAUUUUUCUUUAGCUGUUCACAAAGGAGGAGAACAAAGUGUUUCCGCUGAGUUAGUGCUGCAGAAAGCUUUAGACCGAGAAAAACAGCCUGUAAUCCAGCUCACACUGACCGCUAUAGAUGGAGGAACCCCCUCUAAAACAGGCACAUCUCUCAUAAUUAUUAAAGUUUUAGAUAAUAAUGAUAAUGCUCCCGUUUUUAGUAAGUCAUUGUAUAAAACAACAAUUUUAGAAAAUGUGGCUAUUGGAACGACGAUUGCUGUGUUAAAUGCGACAGACUUUGAUGAAGGCAGUAACGGCGAUAUUGUUUAUUCUAUGAUUAAAAGAGAUCAGAGUAAAAUCUUGCAGGUUUUUGAUAUUGAUCCGAAUACCGGGGCCAUCACUGUCAAAAGUAACAUAGAUUUUGAGGAGAACAAUGCAUUUGAGAUCCGCGCACAGGCCAGUGACAAAGGACAGCCUCCAAUGUCGACCUACUGCAAAGUGCUUGUUGAGGUGCUUGAUAUUAACGACAAUGAGCCCGAGAUCACCGUGACAUCACUUCUCAGUACAGUGAAAGAAAACGCCGACAGUGGCACUGCUGUCGCUCUCGUGUCAGUGAUUGACAAAGACGGCGGCAAAAACGGCAUGGUAAAAUGCAUUGUGGCCAACAAAGUGCCCUUUAAUCUUGAGACGAAUUACAAAAAUUAUUAUUCUUUAGUUGUUAAUGGUCCUCUGGACAGAGAGAGCGCGUCUGAGUAUAACGUGACUAUCACAGCUACUGAUGAAGGGACUCCUCCUCUCUCUAGUACCAGUGUCAUUACUGUACACGUUUCUGAUGUGAAUGACAACGCGCCGCGCUUUCCAGAGCCCGUCAUUAAUGUUUAUGUGAAAGAGAACAGUCAGGUUGGAGCUGUUAUUCAUACAGUAUCUGCUUCUGAUCCUGAUGUAGGUGAUAAUGCCCGAAUAACAUAUGCAUUAGUCGAAAACUCUAAAAGCGGCCCGGUAACAUCCAUGAUCAACAUCAACUCUGACAAUGGAGAUAUACACAGUUUACAGUCUUUUAACUAUGAGGAGAUAAAAACGUUUCAGUUUAAAGUUCAGGCCACAGACUCUGGUGUUCCUCCUCUGAGCAGUAACGUGACUGUAAAUGUGUUUAUCCUGGAUGAGAAUGACAACUGUCCCGCGAUUCUCGCGCCCUAUUCCGAGCACGGUUCCGUGAACACCGAGAACAUUCCCUAUUCUGCUGAGGCGGGCUACUUUGUGGCCAAGAUCAGGGCUGUAGAUGCAGACUCUGGUUACAAUGCACUGCUGUCUUACCACAUCUCUGAACCCAAAGGAAACAAUCUGUUCCGAAUCGGAACCAGCAGCGGGGAGAUCAGGACUAAGAGGAGAAUGAGUGACAAUGACCUGAAAACUCACCCGUUGGUCAUUUCGGUUUGUGAUAACGGAGAGCCCUCACUGUCAGCGACUGUGUCUAUUGAUGUUGUGGUUGUUGAAAGCACAGGUGACGUCAAGACUCAAUUCAGACAUGUGCCGAUGAAGGAGGAGAGUUUCUCGGAUUUAAAUCUGUAUUUGCUGAUCGCCAUUGUGUGUGUGUCCGUCAUCUUUUUACUGAGUCUCAUCAGUUUGAUAGCUGUCAAAUGUCACAGGACAGACGGCAGUUUGGGCAGGUACAGCGCCCCAAUGAUCACCACACACCCUGACGGGAGCUGGUCUUACUCCAAAUCUGCUCAGCAGUAUGACGUGUGUUUUAGCUCGGACACACUGAAGAGUGACGUAGUGGUUUUCCCUGCGUCAUUUCCGCCUGCAGAUACAGAACUGAUCAGUAUUAAUGGAGGAGACACUUUCAACAGAACACAAACACUUCCUAGUAAAGAAAAGGUAAGACAUUUUAGACCCUCCCUUAAUUGGUUGUCAUUCACUGGGAGCUGCUUUGGCUUUUUACUUACGCGAGAGAAUAUGGACAGAACUGAAGGCUUUGGGGGCAUUCAUUGGAUCUUGAUUGUGUUCUUUUUCAAUAACUGGAAUGACGCAAACGGGGAGAUUGUGUAUUCGGUGUCGGAGGAGGUGAACACGGGGACCACGGUAGGAAAUUUAGCAAAGGAUCUAAACUUGAAUGUACAGGACCUUGAGAUGCGACGAUUUCAGAUUGUCUCGGGACCUAACAAAAGGUAUUUUGAUCUAAACUUAAAGAAUGGAGCUGUCUUUGUUAGAGAAAGAACAGACAGAGAGGAGCUGUGCGGACGCAGCACGAAAUGCGCUUUAGAAUUGGAAGCCAUUGUCAAUGCACCACUGAACAUUUAUAGAUUUGAGGUAAAUAUUUUAGACGUUAACGACAAUGCACCGACAUUUCGCACCUCAAAACUGUUUCUUAAUAUUUCAGAACAGACAUUUCCUGGGCAGAAAUUUACAUUACCAAGUGCAUUCGAUGCAGAUGUUGGAGUUAACUCGGUAAAGAGCUACAAACUGAGUCCGAAUGAGCACUUCUCUCUGGAUGUACAAAGCGGAGGAGAACAGACUGUAUCAGCUGAGUUAGUGCUGCAGAAAGCUUUAGACCGAGAGAAACAGCCUGUGAUCCAGCUCACACUGACCGCUGUUGACGGAGGAAAACCUCCAAAGUCUGGUACGACACAGAUAAUAGUUAAUGUGAUAGAUGUAAACGAUAACAUUCCUGUAUUUGACAAACCACUUUAUAAAGCACGAAUACCAGAGAAUGCACCUCCCGGUGCUUCGGUGAUUACAGUGAACGCAAAUGAUGCAGACGAGGGUCUUAAUGGUGAAGUCGUAUACUCUUUUAUAAAUCACGAUAACGACAAUAGUGUAAAUGCAUUUUCCAUUAAUCCAGGUACUGGCGAAAUAACUGUCAAAAUCCCUUUAGAUUAUGAAGAAACUGCCGCGAUUGAAAUUCGUGUUCAGGCCGAGGAUAAAGGGCCAAAUCCGAGAGCAUCACAUUGCAAAAUCUUAGUCGAAAUAAUUGAUGUGAAUGAUAAUGUACCUGAAAUAAGCAUAACAUCUUUAGUGAAUGAAGUGAGAGAGGAUUCGUCCCCAGGUACAAUGGUGGGAUUAAUCACAGUGAAAGACGGCGACGCUGGAAAAAAUGGUGCCGUGCAUCUUAAAAUAAAAGACUCGGUGCAGUUUAAGUUAGAAAACACGUAUAAAAACAGAUACUCUUUAGUUGUUAAUGGUCCUCUGGACAGAGAGAGCGCGUCUGAGUACAACGUGACUAUCACAGCUACUGAUGAAGGGACUCCUCCUCUCUCUAGUACCAGUGUCAUUACUGUACACGUUUCUGAUGUGAAUGACAACGCGCCGCGCUUUCCAGAGCCCGUCAUUAAUGUUUAUGUGAAAGAGAACAGUCAGGUUGGAGCUGUUAUUCAUACAGUAUCUGCUUCUGAUCCUGAUGUAGGUGAUAAUGCCCGAAUAACAUAUGCAUUAGUCGAAAACUCUAAAAGCGGCCCGGUAACAUCCAUGAUCAACAUCAACUCUGACAAUGGAGAUAUACACAGUUUACAGUCUGUUAACUAUGAGGAGAUAAAAACGUUUCAGUUUAAAGUUCAGGCCACAGACUCUGGUGUUCCUCCUCUGAGCAGUAACGUGACUGUAAAUGUGUUUAUCCUGGAUGAGAAUGACAACAGUCCCGCGAUUCUCGCGCCCUAUUCCGAGCACGGUUCCGUGAACACCGAGAACAUUCCCUAUUCUGCUGAGGCGGGCUACUUUGUGGCCAAGAUCAGGGCUGUAGAUGCAGACUCUGGUUACAAUGCACUGCUGUCUUACCACAUCUCUGAACCCAAAGGAAACAAUCUGUUCCGAAUCGGAACCAGCAGCGGGGAGAUCAGGACUAAGAGGAGAAUGAGUGACAAUGACCUGAAAACUCACCCGUUGGUCAUUUCGGUUUGUGAUAACGGAGAGCCCUCACUGUCAGCGACUGUGUCUAUUGAUGUUGUGGUUGUUGAAAGCACAGGUGACGUCAAGACUCAAUUCAGACAUGUGCCGAUGAAGGAGGAGAGUUUCUCGGAUUUAAAUCUGUAUUUGCUGAUCGCCAUUGUGUGUGUGUCCGUCAUCUUUUUACUGAGUCUCAUCAGUUUGAUAGCUGUCAAAUGUCACAGGACAGACGGCAGUUUGGGCAGGUACAGCGCCCCAAUGAUCACCACACACCCUGACGGGAGCUGGUCUUACUCCAAAUCUGCUCAACAGUAUGACGUGUGUUUUAGCUCGGACACACUGAAGAGUGACGUAGUGGUUUUCCCUGCGUCAUUUCCGCCUGCAGAUGCAGAACUGAUCAGUAUUAACGGAGGAGACACUUUUACCAGAACACAAACACUUCCUAGUAAAGACAAGUCUAUCGCAAUGGGAUUCCGUGGAAGAGGAGAGACCGUGAUUCAAUGCGGCUUGUUUCUUUGUUUGUUUAAGUGCUGUGCUACGCAGCUCUCCUACUCAAUUUCAGAAGAAGUGGAUAAAGGGACUUUUGUGGGAAAUAUAGCGAAGGAUUUGAGCGUAAAUGUACAAGAACUCGAAUCGAGAGGCCUUCGGAUUGUAUCCGGACAUAAUAAGAGGUAUUUCGAUGUGAAUUUGAGAUCGGGCGUGCUCUUUGUUAAUGACCGGAUCGACAGAGAAGAACUCUGUGAUCAGUCUGCCAAAUGCGUUUUGAACAUAGAAGCCAUACUGAACAACCCAAUGCAUUUACAUAGAAUAGAGGUGAACAUUGUAGACAUAAAUGACAAUGCACCGUCUUUCCUCGAAAAUGUGUUUAUAAUUAAUAUAACGGAAUCGGCAUAUACUGGGGAAAAAUUCCCCUUACCAGUAGCAAAUGAUGAUGAUGUUGGGGUUAAUGCCAUAAAAAGCUACAAACUGAGUCCUAAUAAUGAACACUUCUCUCUGGAUGUGCAGAGCGGAGGAGAACAUAGUGUUUCAGCCGAGUUAGUGCUGCAGAAAGCUUUAGACCGAGAGAAACAGCCUAUGAUCCAGCUCACGCUGACCUCUUUAGACGGAGGGAAACCUCCUAAAUCCGGCACUGUCAGGAUUGUAGUAAAUGUUAUAGAUGUCAACGAUAACACGCCUGGAUUUAGCAAACCACUUUACAAGGUUCGUGUUCCUGAAAAUACCGCCUUCGGAACCUCAGUAAUCACACUGACCGCAACAGAUUUAGACGAUGGCGUUAACGGAGAACUAGUGUAUUCAUUGCUCGGACAAGGGAGCGCAAGGUCCGUUGAUGUAUUUGCCAUAGACUCAGUUACUGGUGAGAUUACUGUAAAGGGGCAUUUAGAUCAUGAGGAGAACGCAGCAUAUGAAAUCCGUGCGCAGGCGAGUGAUAAAGGCACACCGCCUCGUCGCACUCACUGUAAAAUCCUAGUGGAAGUUAUAGAUGUAAAUGAUAAUCCUCCUGAAAUAUUGGUGACGUCACAGAUGAGUUCGGUAAGUGAGGGUUCAGCGUCAGGAACAGUGGUUGCCUUAGUGACGGUCACGGAUAAAGACGGCGGCAAAAAUGCACUUAAUAAACUAGACAUAACAGUCGAUUUACCAUUUAAGUUAAAAUUAUCGUACAAAAAUUAUUAUUCUUUAGUAGUGGAUGGACCUCUGGACAGAGAGAGCGCGUCUGAGUAUAACGUGACUAUCACAGCUACUGAUGAAGGGACUCCUCCUCUCUCUAGUACCAGUGUCAUUACUGUACACGUUUCUGAUGUGAAUGACAACGCGCCGCGCUUUCCAGAGCCCGUCAUUAAUGUUUAUGUGAAAGAGAACAGUCAGGUUGGAGCUGUUAUUCAUACAGUAUCUGCUUCUGAUCCUGAUGUAGGUGAUAAUGCCCGAAUAACAUAUUCAUUAGUCGAAAACUCUAAAAGCGGCCCGGUAACAUCCAUGAUCAACAUCAACUCUGACAAUGGAGAUAUACACAGUUUACAGUCUUUUAACUAUGAGGAGAUAAAAACGUUUCAGUUUAAAGUUCAGGCCACAGACUCUGGUGUUCCUCCUCUGAGCAGUAACGUGACUGUAAAUGUGUUUAUCCUGGAUGAGAAUGACAACAGUCCCGCGAUUCUCGCGCCCUAUUCCGAGCACGGUUCCGUGAACACCGAGAACAUUCCCUAUUCUGCUGAGGCGGGCUACUUUGUGGCCAAGAUCAGGGCUGUAGAUGCAGACUCUGGUUACAAUGCACUGCUGUCUUACCACAUCUCUGAACCCAAAGGAAACAAUCUGUUCCGAAUCGGAACCAGCAGCGGGGAGAUCAGGACUAAGAGGAGAAUGAGUGACAAUGACCUGAAAACUCACCCGUUGGUCAUUUCGGUUUGUGAUAACGGAGAGCCCUCACUGUCAGCGACUGUGUCUAUUGAUGUUGUGGUUGUUGAAAGCACAGGUGACGUCAAGACUCAAUUCAGACAUGUGCCGAUGAAGGAGGAGAGUUUCUCGGAUUUAAAUCUGUAUUUGCUGAUCGCCAUUGUGUGUGUGUCCGUCAUCUUUUUACUGAGUCUCAUCAGUUUGCUAGCUGUCAAAUGUCACAGGACAGACGGCAGUUUGGGCAGGUACAGCGCCCCAAUGAUCACCACACACCCUGACGGGAGCUGGUCUUACUCCAAAUCUGCUCAACAGUAUGACGUGUGUUUUAGCUCGGACACACUGAAGAGUGACGUAGUGGUUUUCCCUGCGUCAUUUCCGCCUGCAGAUGCAGAACUGAUCAGUAUUAAUGGAGGAGACACUUUCAACAGAACACAAACACUUCCUAGUAAAGACAAGUUUAUGAAUCAUGACGUUGUGCCGUUGUAUAUCACCGAAUGGAUCAAACGGAUUUAUUGUGAAAUGAGAAAAAUGUCAGAUCAAGGAUUUAAGUCUUGGGUGUAUUUUAUCUUACCGUUCUGCAUUUGGAAUAAUGCUGAAGGGCAGAUUGUGUAUUCUGUAUCGGAGGAGGCUGAUCCUGGUACCGCGGUGGGGAAUAUAGCGAAGGAUUUGAACCUAAAUGUUCAAGACUUAGAGCUUCGUGGAUUUCAGAUCGUUUCAGGACCAUAUAAGAGGUAUUUCCAUAUUAAUUUGAAAGGUGGUGUUCUUCUCGUCAGAGAAAGAAUUGACAGGGAACAGCUAUGCGGAAGGAGCAGCAAAUGCUCUUUGGAAUUAGAGGCUAUUGUUAACUCCCCCUUAAACAUGUAUCGACUGGAAGUGAAUGUUUUGGACAUCAACGAUAACAUACCUGCUUUUAAGUCACCAAAGACUCAGCUAAAUAUUGUCGAGUCAGCUUUCCCGGGUGAAAGAUUUACUUUACCAAUCGCCUUUGAUGCGGAUGUGGGCAGUAAUUCGGUAAAGAGCUACAAACUGAGUCCGAAUGAGCACUUCUCUCUGGAUGUACAAAGCGGAGGAGAACAGACUGUAUCAGCUGAGUUAGUGCUGCAGAAAGCUUUAGACCGAGAGAAACAGUCUGUGAUUGAGCUCACACUGACCGCUGUUGACGGAGGAAAACCUCCUAAAUCCGGAACAUCACAAAUUAUUAUUAAUGUUGAGGAUGUGAAUGAUAAUAUCCCCGUGUUUAGUAAAUCUCUUUACAAGGCACGAAUUACGGAAAAUGCGCCCCCUGGUACGUCUGUUAUCACCAUUAACGCAAGUGAUGCCGACGAAGGCUUGAACGGAGAAAUUAUUUAUUCUUUUAUAAACCAUUAUGAUGGCAAUAUAGAGAAUACUUUUAGCAUUGAUUCUGUCAGUGGCUUAAUCUCGGCAAAAGGGAACAUUGAUUACGAGACAAGCAAUGCCAUAGAAAUCCGUGUCCAGGCAAAAGAUAAAGGCCCGAAACCAAGGGCGGCUCAUUGUAAAGUUUUAGUUGAAAUUAUUGAUAUUAACGACAACGUACCUGAAAUAUCAGUGACAUCUCUCGCUGAAACAGUGCGAGAAGACGCUAUUGCAGGUACAAUGGUGGGAUUAAUAACUGUUAAAGACGGAGAUGCAGGUAAAAAUGGUGCUGUUGUUCUUAAAAUACGCGAUUUUGCACCAUUUCGCAUACAGAAUACCUACAAAAAUAAAUAUUCUCUCGUUGUAGACGGCCCGUUAGACAGAGAGAGCGCGUCUGAGUAUAACGUGACUAUCACAGCUACUGAUGAAGGGACUCCUCCUCUCUCUAGUACCAGUGUCAUUACUGUACACGUUUCUGAUGUGAAUGACAACGCUCCGCGCUUUCCAGAGCCCGUCAUUAAUGUUUAUGUGAAAGAGAACAGUCAGGUUGGAGCUGUUAUUCAUACAGUAUCUGCUUCUGAUCCUGAUGUAGGUGAUAAUGCCCGAAUAACAUAUGCAUUAGUCGAAAACUCUAAAAGCGGCCCGGUAACAUCCAUGAUCAACAUCAACUCUGACAAUGGAGAUAUACACAGUUUACAGCCUUUUAACUAUGAGGAGAUAAAAACGUUUCAGUUUAAAGUUCAGGCCACAGACUCUGGUGUUCCUCCUCUGAGCAGUAACGUGACUGUAAAUGUGUUUAUCCUGGAUGAGAAUGACAACAGUCCCGCGAUUCUCGCGCCCUAUUCCGAGCACGGUUCCGUGAACACCGAGAACAUUCCCUAUUCUGCUGAGGCGGGCUACUUUGUGGCCAAGAUCAGGGCUGUAGAUGCAGACUCUGGUUACAAUGCACUGCUGUCUUACCACAUCUCUGAACCCAAAGGAAACAAUCUGUUCCGAAUCGGAACCAGCAGCGGGGAGAUCAGGACUAAGAGGAGAAUGAGUGACAAUGACCUGAAAACUCACCCGUUGGUCAUUUCGGUUUGUGAUAACGGAGAGCCCUCACUGUCAGCGACUGUGUCUAUUGAUGUUGUGGUUGUUGAAAGCACAGGUGACGUCAAGACUCAAUUCAGACAUGUGCCGAUGAAGGAGGAGAGUUUCUCGGAUUUAAAUCUGUAUUUGCUGAUCGCCAUUGUGUGUGUGUCCGUCAUCUUUUUACUGAGUCUCAUCAGUUUGCUAGCUGUCAAAUGUCACAGGACAGACGGCAGUUUGGGCAGGUACAGCGCCCCAAUGAUCACCACACACCCUGACGGGAGCUGGUCUUACUCCAAAUCUGCUCAACAGUAUGACGUGUGUUUUAGCUCGGACACACUGAAGAGUGACGUAGUGGUUUUCCCUGCGUCAUUUCCGCCUGCAGAUGCAGAACUGAUCAGUAUUAAUGGAGGAGACACUUUCAACAGAACACAAACACUUCCUAGUAAAGACAAGUUUAUGAAUCAUGACGUUGUGCCGUUGUAUAUCACCGAAUGGAUCAAACGGAUUUAUUGUGAAAUGAGAAGAAUGUCAGAUCAAGGAUUUAAGUCUUGGGUGUAUUUUAUCUUACCGUUCUGCAUUUGGAAUAAUGCUGAAGGGCAGAUUGUGUAUUCUGUAUCGGAGGAGGCUGAUCCUGGUACCGCGGUGGGGAAUAUAGCGAAGGAUUUGAACCUAAAUGUUCAAGACUUAGAGCUUCGUGGAUUUCAGAUCGUUUCAGGACCAAAUAAGAGGUAUUUCCAUAUUAAUUUGAAAGGUGGUGUUCUUCUCGUCAGAGAAAGAAUUGACAGGGAACAGCUAUGCGGAAGGAGCAGCAAAUGCUCUUUGGAAUUAGAGGCUAUUGUUAACUCCCCCUUAAACAUGUAUCGACUGGAAGUGAAUGUUUUGGACAUCAACGAUAACAUACCUGCUUUUAAGUCACCAAAGACUCAGCUAAAUAUUGUCGAGUCAGCUUUCCCGGGUGAAAGAUUUACUUUACCAAUCGCCUUUGAUGCGGAUGUGGGCAGUAAUUCGGUAAAGAGCUACAAACUGAGUCCGAAUGAGCACUUCUCUCUGGAUGUACAAAGCGGAGGAGAACAGACUGUAUCAGCUGAGUUAGUGCUGCAGAAAGCUUUAGACCGAGAGAAACAGCCUGUGAUCCAGCUCACACUGACCGCUAUUGACGGAGGAAAACCUCCAAAGUCUGGUACGACACAGAUAAUAGUUAAUGUGAUAGAUGUAAACGAUAAUAUUCCUGUAUUUGACAAACCACUUUAUAAAGCACGAAUACCAGAGAAUGCACCUCCCGGUGCUUCGGUGAUUACAGUGAACGCAAAUGAUGCAGACGAGGGUCUUAAUGGUGAAGUCGUAUACUCUUUUAUAAAUCACGAUAAUGACAAUAGUGUAAAUGCGUUUUCCAUUAAUCCAGGUACUGGCGAAAUAACUGUCAAAAGCCCUUUAGAUUAUGAAGAAACUGCUGCGAUUGAAAUUCGUGUUCAGGCCGAGGAUAAAGGGCAAAACCCGAGAGCAUCACAUUGCAAAAUCUUAGUCGAAAUAAUUGAUGUGAAUGAUAAUGUACCUGAAAUAAGCAUAACAUCUUUAGUGAAUGAAGUGAGAGAGGAUUCGUCCCCAGGUACAAUGGUGGGAUUAAUCACAGUGAAAGACGGCGACGCUGGAAAAAAUGGUGCCGUGCAUCUUAAAAUAAAAGACUCGGUGCAGUUUAAGUUAGAAAACACGUAUAAAAACAGAUACUCUUUAGUUGUUAAUGGUCCUCUGGACAGAGAGAGCGCGUCUGAGUAUAACGUGACUAUCACAGCUACUGAUGAAGGGACUCCUCCUCUCUCUAGUACCAGUGUCAUUACUGUACACGUUUCUGAUGUGAAUGACAACGCGCCGCGCUUUCCAGAGCCCGUCAUUAAUGUUUAUGUGAAAGAGAACAGUCAGGUUGGAGCUGUUAUUCAUACAGUAUCUGCUUCUGAUCCUGAUGUAGGUGAUAAUGCCCGAAUAACAUAUUCAUUAGUCGAAAACUCUAAAAGCGGCCCGGUAACAUCCAUGAUCAACAUCAACUCUGACAAUGGAGAUAUACACAGCUUACAGUCUUUUAACUAUGAGGAGAUAAAAACGUUUCAGUUUAAAGUUCAGGCCACAGACUCUGGUGUUCCUCCUCUGAGCAGUAACGUGACUGUAAAUGUGUUUAUCCUGGAUGAGAAUGACAACAGUCCCGCGAUUCUCGCGCCCUAUUCCGAGCACGGUUCCGUGAACACCGAGAACAUUCCCUAUUCUGCUGAGGCGGGCUACUUUGUGGCCAAGAUCAGGGCUGUAGAUGCAGACUCUGGUUACAAUGCACUGCUGUCUUACCACAUCUCUGAACCCAAAGGAAACAAUCUGUUCCGAAUCGGAACCAGCAGCGGGGAGAUCAGGACUAAGAGGAGAAUGAGUGACAAUGACCUGAAAACUCACCCGUUGGUCAUUUCGGUUUGUGAUAACGGAGAGCCCUCACUGUCAGCGACUGUGUCUAUUGAUGUUGUGGUUGUUGAAAGCACAGGUGACGUCAAGACUCAAUUCAGACAUGUGCCGAUGAAGGAGGAGAGUUUCUCGGAUUUAAAUCUGUAUUUGCUGAUCGCCAUUGUGUGUGUGUCCGUCAUCUUUUUACUGAGUCUCAUCAGUUUGAUAGCUGUCAAAUGUCACAGGACAGACGGCAGUUUGGGCAGGUACAGCGCCCCAAUGAUCACCACACACCCUGACGGGAGCUGGUCUUACUCCAAAUCUGCUCAACAGUAUGACGUGUGUUUUAGCUCGGACACACUGAAGAGUGACGUAGUGGUUUUCCCUGCGUCAUUUCCGCCUGCAGAUGCAGAACUGAUCAGUAUUAAUGGAGGAGACACUUUUACUAGAACACAAACACUUCCUAGUAAAGACAAGCCUAAAGCUCCCAAUACAGACUGGAGAUAUUCAGCAUCGCUCAGAGCAGGAAUGCAAAGCUCGGUCCAUAUGGAGGAGUCAUCCGUGAUGCAGGGAGCUCAGGGAGUUCUCGUCCAGAACUGGCCUACCGUGUCCAGCGCAGCCGAUAAUGAGGGUGGAGAGGUCUCUCCCCCUGUCGGAGCCGGAGUGGACAGUAACAGUUGGCAUUUCCGGUACGGGCCAGGUCCAGGCGGACCUCCUCCACAUCUGAAACCCGGUGAGGUCCCUCCCGAAGCCUUCAUCAUCCCUGGUUCUCCAGCCAUAAUCUCCUUUAGACAAGGUCAAGAUGGAGAUGACAAGAGCGACUUUAUUACCUUCGGAAAAAAGGAGGAGAAGAAGAAGAAGAAAAAGAAGAAGGAGAAAAAAGACAAACGAGAGAAAGGCAAAGAUGAUGAUGAUUAGAGAGACAGAUGGAGUUACACAAAUACAAGCUGAUUUUAUUUUAAGACAGAAGUCUCAACAGAAGUCUGUAGAACAAAACAUGCAUUUAUUAAUCCUAAAAUCCUUAUUUUGGGCUCAAACAAUUAUAUUUUGUUAAGUCACUUUGUGAAAAGCCUUUAACCAGAAGCUGUAAGUGUUUUUCAAUUCAAGUCCAAUCCAAUUUGGCUUCACACAGAUAGUUGACAUUCCCCUUUCCCGUUAAUAAAAGAAUUGAUUAAUCUUGCCUUAAUGAGCUGAUAUGUGUUUGAUUAAUGUUGUCUAAUGCCUCGGGUGACCUGACAACCCACUAUUCCACAUAAAAGAUUUUCAGACUGAUGUUGGUACUUCUGUCUUAUUCGUCUCUUGGUUUUUGUUUUUCAAUCUUUUGGAUAGGGAGACAAAAUCUGAUUUGAAAUGUUAAUAAGCUGUGUGCCGCAUCAGAUGGGUUGACAUAUAGAAAAAUUAAGAAAAACAUUAAGAAUGGAUUAAAAAUUUAGUAAAGUUUGUGGUUAUCAAACAGGGCACACAGUGUUGUAAAUAUGCAGGCUGAGCACAGCUGUACGUAACACAGUGAAGACACUAUAAUUAAUGCUUUUUGCUCAUUCAUUUCUCCUGGUCUGGGAUGGAAGUAACAUCCCUUGAAAAAAGGAAACAUUGAAACAUGUUUUCACUUCUUUAAAAAAAAGUCUCACAUCCUGGACAUAUGAAAAAACAGUGUUUUAUCAAAAAAAAAAAAAAAGAAAGACAAAAAAUGUACACUUAACUGAAUGAUGGAAUGCACUUUUGUUUUGCUGCUUUAAUUUUGUUACCAGCAAAUAUUCUCCAGGCCUAGUAUAUAUGUGAGCAAGUAGUCCCAUAUAUACACCCAUACACAUAGUAUAUAGACAUACACACCUAGUAAACAGGGUCAAAAAUCGAUGCAUCCCUUGCGGCACCCAGUAUAUCUCCUGCUCUAAAAUGUUUCUAAAUCGGUAAAGCUUGAGAUAAGUUCACAAAGCAAUCAGGCUUUGGUUGGUUGGUUUAAGAGGUCAGUGAUGGAGCUAUAUGCUAUCCAUAAUGGGUUUUUGAAAGAUUAACCAACUUUACGUUUCUCCAUUUGGAGUGAAAAUGCAGAGAUCCAAACCUCAUGAGAUACAGUAAACGAAAAGCUGAUGAGCCUGUUGUUUAAAGGGAUGGCUGAGAAUGUUUAUGCAUUGUGAACAGUAUUACUGUUAAUUCACCAAACCUUAAAUACCUUCGAACCCAUAAACUAUCCUUAAAUAUCCUCUGUAGAUAUGGCAUGAGGGUUAUGCUGUGAGUUUGCGUGGCGCUGCUCCAUGUCUGUAGUUUCCCUUAUGACCUUCACCCUAAUUUUGUGCCUGCUUUCUCAGCUUGUUUCUGGGCAGUGUCCAGUGUAAUACUAUACAGAGUCCUCUCCCUUCUGCUUGAUGUCUAGAAGACCAACACAACUAACACAACAUAGAUAGGUUUUCAAAUUUGGGGAAAGAAGAGCAGGGCGCCAGUUUUAUAAGCUUUAAGUUAACUUUAUUGCUUCUGUACAGAGCUUCUGUCUCUCUCUCUCUCUCUCUCUUUUGCUCUUUGCUGGGUAGGCUAGCUCUAGACAUUGUGGUGUACUCAUAGUAUGGAGUAAUGCAGACAAUGCCUGUCGAAUCCCCCCACAGAGGACAGAAGCUGCUCCCAAAGCACUGUUACCUGUAAAUGACCCAGUGUUGACAUCCAGUCAACUUCAGCACUGUCACAUGUUAACGUAAAUGUAUAUUCUGCUGGUCUCACUUUGGUUUUUUUUAACAAAAUGGGGAGGGAACUGAGAAGAUGGAGGCAGGGCUAGGCAAGGGGUGGAGCUUCAGGAAGAGAAUAACUUUGGGGCUUGCCAAAUGUUUUGAUUUGAAUCGUUGUUAAAGGUGAAGUGUGUAAUUUCUGUACCACUAGCAUCACAAAACAGAAUUGUAAAACAUUUCAAACAGUUUUCCCCAUCUGCUAUUGGUCGAACAAACAGAUUGGUCCCACCCCAAACAUAUACCAUUGGUUUUGAGACGAUGUUGCUAUGUUUGGCUGGUCAGGAUGCUCAAACAAACAGAGUAAAGCUUUGAAAGUGCCACAGAGUAACAGUGUUAACACCAACAAAUUGCUAACUUUAACAUUGCAAAAAUAAUACACUUCCCCUUUAAAUUGUUAAUUAAAGCAAUUGAAAGUGUUAUUGAUGUACAUUCAGCCUUUUUAAUAGACUUCACUCAUUGUAAAGACAACUUUACAAUGCUAACACACCACAACGAAUAGACUGGUGUCUCCACCAUAGACUGUUGUCUUCACCCCAUGCCUUUAAACCCGCUCUAGUUGCUGAUUAAAGCGGCUGUGACAUGCCUUUGCUUUUUCUGUUGGUUCCCUCACUUGCCUGCCUUCCCUGUUGCCACACCUCCAAAAAACAUGUCUCAAACUGAUGUCAGUUUCUCAAAUGUGACUGCUGCAUGACCUUACCAGAAAGAAACACUUACUACAUAGAGAUAUAUAUGAAUAUAGAUAUAGAUAACUAUGAUUUUACUAUUUUUCUUUAUCAUUUUUAUUCAUUCUUCACACAAGAGAUUUGUGUAUGUACCGUCUCUGAGCCUUUUGUAUACUGACACCUCUUGCACCGACUUACAGUGGACAGUUAUGACAUUACUAAACUUUGGUAUUUGCAAAUGCUCUAUAGUGUGAUGCCCUGAAGCUCUUAUUUUUAUCCUUUUCAUUUUUUGUUACGAGAACAAAGAUAAAAGACCAAAAAAAAAAAAAAAAAAAAAAUGUUUUGUGUUUGGCUUUGACAUACUGAUCAAACUAGCACUGUAUAUUGUAGCUAAAUUAUUAUGUAUGAUGACUCUAUCCCUUCUCUUUCACUUCUUUGACAAAGAAACAAAAAACAGGGAAAAGUCCCGAUGUAAAAUACAAUAUAUGUAGUGUAUGCUUGUAUCUAGUGAGCGUUCAUACUGUCAUACUUUCUUAGUGUCUGGUGGUGAUCAGUAGGUGGCGCUGUGCUGUCCAACCAAAUGGCGAUCAUCUGUUGUACAACCCUUCUUUUGUACACCUUCUCAUCAAUAUGUGGUGGUAAAUUAGUGACGUCCAUUACUCUCUUGUUUUCUCUUCUUGCUCAUUUUAUUUCAUUACAAUGGAAAAGUGGUAAUGUGUUUUGUUUAUAAAUCACAAAAAAUGAAUAAACUUUUCUUUCUUAAUAAUGUGACACAUAA